GGUUCCGGGUUACCAUGGGAAUCGAGAAUUGACGUCACUUAGGGCUUCCGCGCCAUACCCCGCUGUCGACCCAGAAGCGAAGGGCGGAGAGGAAGCUUUGACCCGUCUACGCAUGCGCGCCCUACUCCACUCAUCCCCGGCGGCAAAUCUCGUUCGGCCUGGGUACCGCCGCGACCUCUCGCUAAAUCCCAGCGAAACUGCUCCCCGUGGGAGGGGAGUAGAGAAAAAAAAUCGACCAAGCGACAGCCAAUCCCAUGACACUACGACGCAACCGCGAAUGAUGGACUCAACCAGCGUUAGCCAAUGAGAAAGCCCGUUGCUUCCACGUCACAGUUUGCCCCACCCUAUCCCCCUCCUUUCUGGACUCCGAGCUCAGUUCGCGCAGUAACAAAUGAAGUGCGCGCAGCGCCGCCUCCGAACUCGCCAGGCUCGGCCGCCAUUUCUUCGCCUGGCCUAACGGUCCGGCCAAUCCCAGCGUACAUCGAGGAGGGCUAAGGCUCCACCAAUCGCAGGCCGCCGAUUCCGACCCCCUUGCCUCGGCUCGGCCCAAUCCAGGCCUCGGACCCGUCGCCCCCGGCCCGCCCCCGCGGCGCCCUCUCUCCUCCCUCUUUGUGCGUCUCGCGCCGCCGCCGCCCGCCGCGUGAGAGGACGGGCUCGGCGCGCUCCGCGGCAGCGCAGUCGGGUCCCCUCCCCCCGGAAGGUUCGCGAAGAAGAAGCCGCCGCCGCCUAAAAGGAGCCGCCGGUGCCGGUCCCCGGGGGCGCCAUGGCGACCGGAGCGAACGCCACGCCGCUGGGUAAGCUGGGCCCCCCCGGCCUCCCCCCCCUUUCCGGGCCCAAAGGGGGCUUCGAGCCGGGGCCACCGCCUGCUCCCGGGCCUGGGGCGGGGCUGCUGGUGCCCGGGCCGCCGCCACCCCCGCCCGUGGGCGCGGUGGGGGCCUUGACCGCGGCCUUCCCCUUCGCGGCGCUGCCGCCGCCGCCACCGCCGCCGCCCCCGCCUCCCCAGCAGCCGCCGCCGCCGCCGCCCUCCCCGGGCUCCUCGUACCCGCCGCCGCAGCCUCCCCCUCCGCCGCCGCUCUACCAGCGCGUGUCGCCGCCGCAGCCGCCGCCACCCCAGCCGCCCCGUCAGGACCAGCAGCCGGGCCCGGCCGGCGGCGGAGGAGACUUCCCAAGUAAGAAGCGAAAGAGGAGCCGCUGGAACCAAGAUACCAUGGAACAGAAGACAGUGAUUCCAGGAAUGCCGACAGUCAUCCCGCCUGGACUUACUCGGGAACAAGAAAGAGCUUAUAUAGUGCAACUGCAGAUAGAAGACCUGACUCGUAAACUGCGCACAGGAGACCUGGGCAUCCCCCCUAACCCUGAGGACAGGUCCCCUUCCCCUGAGCCCAUCUACAAUAGUGAGGGGAAGCGGCUUAACACCCGCGAGUUCCGCACCCGCAAAAAGCUUGAAGAGGAGCGACACAACCUCAUCACUGAGAUGGUUGCCCUCAACCCUGAUUUCAAGCCACCUGCAGAUUACAAACCUCCAGCAACACGGGUGAGCGAUAAAGUAAUGAUUCCACAAGAUGAAUAUCCAGAAAUCAACUUUGUGGGGCUGCUGAUUGGGCCCAGAGGGAACACCUUGAAAAACAUAGAGAAGGAGUGUAAUGCCAAGAUCAUGAUCCGAGGGAAAGGGUCUGUCAAAGAAGGGAAAGUUGGCCGAAAGGAUGGCCAGAUGCUGCCUGGAGAAGAUGAGCCACUUCAUGCCCUGGUUACUGCCAACACCAUGGAGAAUGUGAAGAAAGCUGUGGAGCAGAUAAGAAACAUCCUGAAGCAGGGUAUCGAGACCCCUGAGGACCAGAAUGAUCUACGGAAGAUGCAGCUUCGGGAGUUGGCUCGCUUGAAUGGGACCCUUCGGGAAGAUGAUAACAGAAUCUUAAGACCGUGGCAGAGCUCAGAGACACGCAGCAUUACCAACACCACAGUGUGUACCAAGUGUGGAGGGGCUGGACACAUUGCUUCGGAUUGCAAAUUCCAAAGGCCUGGUGACCCCCAGUCAGCUCAGGAUAAAGCACGGAUGGAUAAAGAAUAUUUGUCCCUCAUGGCCGAACUGGGCGAAGCGCCCGUGCCAGCAUCUGUGGGCUCCUCCUCUGGGCCCGCCACUACGCCCCUGGCCAGUGCACCUCGGCCUGCUGCUCCUGCCAACAACCCACCGCCUCCGUCUCUCAUGUCCACCACCCAGAGCCGCCCACCUUGGAUGAAUUCCGGUCCUUCAGAAAGUCGGCCCUACCAUGGCAUGCACGGAGGUGGUCCUGGUGGGCCUGGAGGUGGCCCCCACAGCUUCCCACACCCGUUACCCAGCCUGACAGGUGGGCACGGUGGACAUCCCAUGCAGCACAACCCUAACGGACCCCCACCCCCUUGGAUGCAGCCGCCUCCGCCGCCGAUGAACCAGGGCCCCCACCCACCUGGGCAUCAUGGCCCUCCUCCAAUGGAUCAGUACCUGGGAAGUACGCCUGUGGGCUCUGGGGUCUAUCGCCUGCAUCAAGGAAAAGGUAUGAUGCCGCCGCCGCCUAUGGGCAUGAUGCCGCCGCCGCCGCCGCCUCCCAGUGGGCAGCCCCCGCCCCCUCCCUCUGGUCCUCUUCCCCCAUGGCAGCAGCAGCAGCAGCAGCCUCCGCCACCCCCUCCGCCCAGCAGCAGUAUGGCUUCCAGUACCCCCUUGCCAUGGCAGCAAAGAUCCCUCCCCGCAGCGGCGAUGGCCCGAGCCAUGAGAGUGAGGACUUUCCGCGCCCAUUGGUGACCCUUCCAGGCAGACAGCCUCAGCAGCGCCCCUGGUGGACAGGAUGGUUCGGCAAAGCAG